UCCUUGCCUUUGCAGAGUCUUGUAGCCUCACGUGAGGGAAGCAGCACCCCCGGUGGCACAGGAGACACAGCCCAAGUGCCAGAGGGAAGGAUGCCCCGUCCCUGAUGGGGAUGCCUGAGCCCGGCUCCGGCCGCUGGGCUCUGCAGGCAGUCGGAAGCUGGAGCUGCUGCGGCGCAGGACCGAAGAGGUUAACGCGCAUCUGCCUCCGAAUGUUAAUGUGUCUAGGUGAUGUCAGUGGGAGCCGGGGAAGGAGUGAGGGGAGAGCGGUGGGCAGCGGAGGCAGCGGAGGCUGCCGGACUACCUAGGAAGACCCCCUCCAGACGGCGGGGCUCCGGGGGGCCGGGGCUCGGGACGCAGCGGUCGGCGCGGGAGGCUGCCGCAGCCUGCGUGGGCCGACGGGCGAGCGGACGCCGGCGCCGGCGGGAUGGACCUGGAAGCCUCGCUGCUGCCCACCGGCCCCAACGCCAGCAACACCUCGGAUGGCCCGGAUAACCUCACCACGGCCGGGCUGCCGCCUCGCACAGGGAGCGUCUCUUACAUCAACAUCAUCAUGCCUUCGGUGUUCGGUACCAUCUGCCUCCUGGGCAUCAUUGGGAACUCCGUGGUCAUCUUUGCGGUGGUGAAGAAAUCCAAGCUGCACUGGUUCAGCAACGUCCCCGACAUCUUCAUCAUCAACCUCUCGGUGGUGGACCUCCUCUUUCUCCUGGGCAUGCCCUUCAUGAUCCACCAGCUCAUGGGCAAUGGUGUCUGGCACUUUGGAGAGACCAUGUGCACCCUCAUCACGGCCAUGGACGCCAACAGUCAGUUCACCAGCACCUACAUCCUGACCGCCAUGGCCAUUGACCGCUACCUGGCCACCGUCCACCCCAUCUCCUCCACCAAGUUCCGGAAGCCCUCCGUGGCCACCCUGGUGAUCUGCCUCCUGUGGGCCCUGUCCUUCAUCAGCAUCACCCCCGUGUGGCUCUACGCCAGGCUUAUCCCCUUCCCAGGAGGCACCGUGGGCUGUGGCAUCCGCCUGCCCAACCCAGACACCGACCUCUACUGGUUCACCCUGUACCAGUUUUUCCUGGCCUUUGCCCUGCCCUUCGUGGUCAUCACGGCCGCGUAUGUGAGGAUCCUGCAGCGCAUGACAUCCUCCGUGGCCCCCGCCUCUCAACGCAGCAUCCGGCUGCGGACAAAGAGGGUGACCCGCACGGCCAUCGCUAUCUGCCUGGUUUUCUUUGUGUGCUGGGCGCCCUACUACGUGCUUCAGCUGACCCAGCUGUCCAUCAGCCGCCCGACGCUCACCUUUGUCUACCUGUACAACGCGGCCAUCAGCUUGGGCUAUGCCAACAGCUGCCUCAACCCCUUUGUGUACAUCGUGCUCUGUGAGACGUUCCGAAAACGCUUGGUCCUAUCGGUGAAGCCUGCGGCCCAGGGGCAGCUUCGAGCCGUCAGCAAUGCCCAGACGGCUGAUGAAGAGAGGACAGAAAGCAAGGGCACCUGACACUUCCCCUGCCACCCUGGGCACUUCCACGUCAGGGCACCACGGCAGACCAUGGGGGAAGAUGCUGAGAGAAACCCAAGACCGCUCUGGGAGGAUGUAGGCAGGCUGGGUGGUUACAACUAAAAACAUUCAACGGGGCCCACAGAUUGCUCAACGGAGCCAGGUUUGGGGGCUUCAAGCAUCAGAAAUCUCCUUCGGAGAGCAAGACGGACCUUUGGGUUGAACAGAAACUGAGUAAGAAGAUUGGUUUAAAAGUUCAGUUGAGUCCUACAUCUGCUAGCUCCCAAAUGUCUUUUUCCAGAGAGAAGACGUAGAAGGCUUCUUGCCGGGUUUAUUUAAAAUCAGGCAGGGCCAGGGCGUGAGCAGCGGUAUGGGCACAGGCCCCUGGGGAAAUGGGAAAGGUGGUGCGGCCUCACCACCUUUUCCUGUCUCUCAUUGGUAAGAUGGAGGGCAACCUUUCUCCCAAGCUGGAGGAUGAUGAAAAAUAAAGCAUGUGGUCUCUCCACGU